UAUCUACUGUUUUUCAGUUUAUCUGUUUAUUCUGGUUUCUCUUUGAUAGUAAGUGAUAAUAGUAAGAAAAGGGAUCUUAAUAAUGCUUACUCCUCCUCCUUCCCCAGCCCAAUUGUCUCGAAGCUUCUCAUAGUCCUGCAUUUUCUUUCUCUUUCCCACCAACCCAUGGCAAUAAAUAUGUGUUCUUCCGAUAAAUCAGGCCCAGGAAUGAGCCCUCGCAUUUCAUUCUCACAUGAUCCGAAAAACACAGUCCCACUUGAAGAAGGCCCUGACCAAGACACAAGCUCAGACUUUGUUUUCUGCAUCACAAACGCACAGAAACUCUCUUCAGCCGACGAGCUUUUCUCCAACGGCAAGAUCCUUCCCACUCAAAUCAACAGCAGACUAGUUUCCAUUCCCAAUUCCAAUUAUGCCCCACGACACCACCACCCCCAACAACAACAACGCAAGAAGAUGCUAAAAGAGUUCUUGUCGGAACCAGAUGAGGACGACAUCAUCGACAUCAUCAUCGAAGAAGAAGAAGAGAUGAGGCCCAGCAAUUCAGUUAAGCUUUUCUGGCGUAGCAGCAGCGUGAACUGUGACGGCGCCACGCGUGGGAAGAGCAUGCUUCGUUCUUCUCUGCAGUUUCUGUCGCGAAGUUAUUCAACAGGGUCAGCACCAAACACGCCAAAACACCACGCCGUUAACGUUAUUCCCAGGCAUAAGCUGGCGAAACAGUCCUCUGCUUCCUCCUUUUCCUUGUCAUCCUCGUCCUCCACCAGUUCAGGUGCUUAUUAUUUCUAUGAUUCCUGCCAAAAGAACCCUUCCUUGAAGAAGAAUUUUUCCGGUAAUAAUGGAGUUCGAAUUAGUCCAAUCUUGAAUCUGCCGCAUCACAAGGCCACUAGGAGCAUUUUCGGAUUUGGUUCACUCUUCUGUAAUGGCAAGAUUAAGAGGAAGAAGAAAUAGAAACAGGUAAUAAUAGAUUCUUCUUUUUUUAUGUAUAUUUUUUAAUGCCCAAAUCAAAGCUCAGACUACUUCUGGUUCUGCUGUGUAUGUUUAUAUAUUUUUGGUUCCUGCACCAUUGUAAAUUCUUGAAUAUCAUAAAGAAAAAGAACGAGGGAAGAAAAAAAAAGUUUA